AUGGACCCUGAUAAAAAAGAUAUUCUUAAUAAUAUUGAGAAUUCCAUGUAUAGAACAGCCUUCAAAUUGCGAUCAGUGCAAACUUUGUGCCAAUUGGAUUUGAUCCACAGCUCCCUGAUUGAGCAGGUCCUUCUACAUGGAAGAUUCUGGGAGGCCAGAGAGAGCUCCCUUUCUGUGCAUCAGCUUCUUCAGGCACUCCAAGAUCUGUUUCAGAGAACUAGGGAAGGAAAAUCAGGACAAGUGAAUCCCAGAGCUUCCGAACUCACUUUGAGCCUUCUCAAGACCAUGUAUGACAGCAAAGGAACAGGUUUUCUCAAGCUUCUGCCUGUGGCUGCUUCCCUAAUUGCUCUCUCGGGGGAUACCCCUCUUACAAAAUACUGAGCUCUAUUUCAGCUGUAUGCAGAAAAUAACAAGGGAGAUCAUGAUUCUGGGGCACGCAUGACUCGAAAGAUUUUGAGAAGCCUAUUAAGAGAUUUACAAUCCCGACCGACCCUCGUAGGGGAGAGUCACACUCUGUGUCCUGUGGAAAGUGCUGUCCGCAGCUGUUUCCAAGGGGUGUUGAGCCCAGGAAUCAAGGAGGAGAAAUUCUUAUCUUGGAUACAGUCUGAGCUUCUCAUCCUCCUGUGGCUCCCAAUCUGCCACCGUUUGUCAGCCACUGAAAUGGUCACUCACCCUGUUCGGUGCAGUGUUUGCAGGACGAUCCCAAUCAUCGGACUGAGAUACCGCUGUCUGAAGUGUCUCAACUUUGACAUCUGCCAGGUUUGUUUUUUAUCCGGUCUUCAUAGCAAGUUCCACCAGAAGUCACAUCCUGUAAUUGAACACUGUGUUCAGCGGAUGUCAGCAAUGGAAAGUACAAAACUCCUCCUCAGGACGCUCAGAAAAAACCUGCUCCAAGGGUGCUGUGGGAGAAAAGAAGCUAUGAGAAAGCGGUGGCAGCUGGACCAGGUGAAUCCAAAGGAUAUGGCUGACCACGCACAGGCCACAGUCCUUAAACAACAGUUCAGCCAAUACAAAGAAAAGUUGCAAGCAUUCUACACCUACCAGGAAGAAAAGAGUUGCAGAUUCGAAACAAAGAUUCAUGCACUUACAAUCCAUCAGGAGAGUCUAUGGACCAGGCUACAGCAGGUGGGACAGGACCUACAGGCAAUGUUGCAGCCACUCCAUCCUGUAUCUUCCCAUCAAAAUACAAUGUCCAGGGUUGACCAUUUUUCAGCUGUUAAGCCUCUGGAUGGAGGUGAUUUUUCUCAAAUGAAGAAUGUCACUGAGAAUAGUCCAGAAUGGGAACCUCUUCCUAACCCUGCCAUAGUUAAUGGAAGUCAAGCAGAUGCAGAGAAUGCUCUACCAAAUUUGGAAUCAUCAGAGACUCUUCUGCAAAGCACCAGACUGCAAAGCUAUGCCCAAAAUAUUCCCAAGGAAAUCCUUAGCUCCCUACCAAGCUGUCAGGAGGGAUUGCUACAGGAAGACCCCCAAAUUUCUCCUCCUGAAAAAAACAGACCUGCUCGGGUACCUGCAGAAAGAAAAGAGAUGGCUAACAUCAAAGAGAGAAAUGAUGAUCUGGAGAAAGAGGAAGUCCAAGAACUAUUGUCAAAAUUCAUGAAUGCCUUCAACCUAGAAAAGACACCAGGGCCACAGUCUUCAGUGAACAUGGACCUAUAUGGAAAAGCUGAGCAGGUGUGCAGGGCUUUCUCUGCCCUUGUGGAUCAAAUCACUUUUCCCAACUUCAAAUGA